AUGAAUCAGCUCUCAGUUAGAGUACAGCUAAUGAAGAACAGAGCUCAUCAUAGUGGCAUCAACUGUACUCCGUAUGAGGCCAUGUUUGGGACAAAGUUGAAAGUUGGUCUAAAAAGUUUUCUACCCACAGAUGUUCUGAAUAAUAUAAAUUGUGAAGAGGACUUAGAAGUUUUAGUAAGAGAUCAAAAUAAUGUACAGUCUGUAGAAGAAGGUCCUCUGCAAAAUAAAACUGAGUCACAUGUGUUAGCGGAGCUCCCAGGUCCAAGUCAACAUGAUGAGGAGGAACUACUUUCUCUUGAUAGUUAUGUUCAAACUGAUUUACAUAAUAAAGAAUUUCAAGAACCUUUCGGACAUGAAGAUUCUCCGGAAGAACCCUAUGUGAAAAAAAGGAAAGCCGACAUAUUAAAAAUUAGGCAGAUUUCAGCAAGAAAUCUAAAAAAACAAGCUGAAAAAAUGAUUCAAGCUUCUACCUCAAAACUCCCUGAUGCUAAAAAAGGUGACACAGUUAGAGUUCGAGUCCCAGAUGUCGACAGAGGUCGCGCCGAUGGAAGAAAUAUUUUGGCAUUUGUUCUUGAAGUAACAGAUGCUAAUAUGUAUAAAUUAGGCACGAAACACGGAAUUCUAAAUCAACUUUAUGCCAGGAACCAAUUUACAAUAUGUAAUGAGAAGUUUAUAUAUGAUGAAGAUAUUCCACAGAGAGAGAUUUCACUAAGAGAAUGUGCAAGAUUGUCAUCCAAGACAGGGGGCCAAGGCUAUAGGCGAUGUAGCUGUAAAGGUGGCUGUAAAUCCGACAAGUGCAAGUGUCGUAAAGAAAAAAAGUUAUGUAACUCAAAAUGUCACCAAAGUGGUAGCUGCUCUAAUAAAUAG